UGUGAAAUCAACCUGCGAGGAAAAAGGCAUAAAAGAAGAAAAACAGGGAGCAAAAGAAAGAUUAAGUUAAUUCAGAAAGCCAUUGGAGAGAAGAAGCAAUAAGAGGAAGGAAGAAGUUUGUAACAGUGCGUGAGAGAGUGAGAGAGGGAGGGACAUACGACAGGCUUAUAUACACUGUCAGGACGACCUGCUCUUCAAAGCACCGAAAACUGUUUACAUUUCGAGAGAGAAGGAGAGGCAAAGCGGGCAGGUAUGAAGCCGCUAGACAAAUGAUUAUGGGCUGUGGUUGGUUGUGUGGAGGAAUGUCACUGCACUGGUUAUAGAAAGAGAGAGGCAAAUGGGAAAAGUAGAGGAUGAGUGCUGACGUAUGACACGAAGAGAAGAAGUCUUUACUGCUCUGGAUUAUUGUGUAUGCCUAUAUCAUAUCUAAUACAAUAUUAAUGUGCAUUCAAUUCUUUUUCCUUUUGACGGGAAGAGGAACAUUUAAAAAAGGAAGAUGGUCCGGUGGUUCCACAGAGAUCUGUCUGGAAUAGACGCAGAGUCCGUUUUGAAGACCCGAGGUGUCCAUGGCAGCUUCCUGGCCCGACCCAGCAAGAAGAAUGUGGGCGAUUUCUCCCUGUCUGUUAGAGUGGGAGAAAUAGUCACACACAUUAGGAUUCAGAACACGGGUGAUUAUUACGACCUGUACGGUGGGGAGAAGUUUGCGACUUUGGCCGAGUUGGUAGAAUACUACACUGGAGAUCAUGGAACUCUACAGGAUAAAGAUGGGACCGUUAUUGAGCUCAAAUACCCUUUAAACUGUUCUGAUCCCACCACUGAGAGGUGGUACCAUGGCCACUUGUCAGGUCCCAAUGCUGAGAAGCUGCUCCGUGAGCGUGAUGAGCCUGGGACGUUCCUGGUGAGGGAGUCACUCUCCAAACCAGGAGACUUUGUUCUGUCUGUGCUCACCGAUGAUAUGACCAGUGCUGGUAGGAGGGUCUCCCACAUCAAGAUCAUGUGCAAUAAUGACCGUUACACAGUUGGUGGUAAAGACAUUUUUGACACAUUGGCAGACCUUGUGGAGCAUUUCAAACGCUCUGGUAUUGAGGAGUUGUCUGGGACAAUGAUUUACCUCAGACAGCCUUAUUACUCCACAAGGUUGAACGCAGCUGAUAUUGAGAGCAGAGUAAAGCAGCUCGGCCAGACCUCAGAUAACAUGGACGGGGCUAAUAAAAAGAUAAAAGCUGGGUUCUGGGAAGAGUUUGAUGCGUUGCAGAAGUUGGAAACUAAGGUAACGAAGAACAGAGAUGAAGGAAUGAGACCAGAAAACAAAAGCAAAAACAGAUAUAAGAACAUCCUUCCCUUUGAUGACACUAGGGUUACCCUGCAAAACGCAGAUCCCAAUGUUGUCGGCUCUGAUUACAUCAAUGCCAACUAUGUUAUAAACAAAUUAAUGGAUAUUGAUUACCAGAAAGUUUACAUUGCUUGUCAAGGCUGCCUCUUAACAACUGUAAACAAUUUCUGGCAAAUGGUAUGGCAAGAAGAGUCACGAGUAAUUGUCAUGACAACAAGGGAGGUUGAAAAAGGACGGAAUAAGUGUGUGCCAUACUGGCCUACUAUUGAAGGAGAGUCAAAGGAAGCAGGCAGAUAUGUGGUGACGUUACUGUCUGAGAAGGAUGCCGCUGAUUACAAGAUCAGAGUGAUGGAGCUCACAGCACCACAUCGGAAAGAGCCAACUCGCACCAUUUGGCACUACCAAUAUUUGAGCUGGCCUGAUCACGGCGUGCCGCAAGAGCCUGGUGGAGUGCUUAGCUUUCUGGAGCAGGUCAACAUCAAACAGCACGAACUGUCUUCAACUGGACCCAUGAUCAUCCACUGCAGUGCUGGUAUCGGACGAACAGGAACCAUUGUGGUGAUCGACAUGCUUAUAGAUACCAUUGAUGCUAAAGGUCUGGACAGUGACAUCGACAUCCAGAAGUGUAUUCAGAUGGUUAGAGAACAGCGGUCUGGCAUGGUGCAAACUGAAGCACAGUACAAGUUCAUCUACUUGGCUGUGCUACAGUAUAUAGACUCGACUAAACUCACACGAAGGGCUGUCAUGGAAACAGAAACCGAAUAUGGAAACCUCUCAAUUCAGCCUAAACACCAGAAGGCCAGUCGCAAAGCCUCUGCGAAAAAAAAUGAAGACGUUUAUGAGAAUCUGGGAGCAAAAGGAAAGAAAGAUGUCAAAAAGCAGCAAUCGGAGGAUAAGAAGAGUGGAUCUGUCAGGAAACGAUAAAAAAAAGAAAAAAGAAAGAAGAUGAAAUUUAAUUUUGCUUCUUGAUUGUACAGCUUAUUUUAAAAUACAUUUUCAGCAGUUUUAAAGAAAAG